CGCAGCUAUAAGAGCCGCUGAGCUUUCUCCGGGCUCUCCACACCCUUGGAACCAUCGACAUUCGAUGACAUUGGCCGGGCGACGAGAUGAAGUUGGUCUGGUGUUUAUUCCUCACGGUUGGCGUGUGCCUGCUGUGGUCUCAGGCGCAGGCCGAAGAGCGGGGUAACUGCGGGGGCUGCUAUGUACCGCUGGAUUUGGCAGUUGGAUUGACUUUGGACAUCACAGGACUGCUUAAGGUCAUUGGGGCCCUCCUCGUCGCGGCAGUGGCGGCGUUCAUCGGCCCGAUAGUGGCGCUCCUGGUGGCUUUUCUCCUCCCGUAUCUCCUUCCGGCGCUCAUCUCUGCGUUUUUACCUGCGUUCCUUGCUGCUUUCCUCACACCCGUCGUUGUCUUCAUCAUCGCAUUCCUCGUCCCCAAUGCUGUCUACGUACUCCUCGGGCCUCUAAUCGCUGCUCUCAUCCCUAUAUUGCUAUCCGUCUUUGUCUCCAUCUUCAUUCCCAAGAUCGUAGUGAUCUUAGUGAUUGAGUUGCUCCCCAAGUUGUGCAACUGCUUACUUCUUAAAUUGCUAGCCGCGCUUUUGGCGAUUCUUCCGAGUCUCAUCAUUGCCAUCCUCAGACUUCCAAUUGUUAUGAGUGCUAUCAUUGAAUUCCUCAAGAAUAUUCUCCUUAGUCCGGAGCUACAGGAACCACUUAUCGGACUACUGACUCUCAUUCUCCAGAGGGUGCUCCAGGCUGCUUGUGCCAGCCAGGGUGGUAUUGAGACCUAGGAAUAGUGAGAUUGAGUAGCAUCAUUUAUAUGAUAAUUUUUUAAAAUAAACAUUUAAAAAAACCA